CUCCUGCCUGCCUGUACACGCCGCAGUCGCCAGAGACUCUCGUUGAAUCGACGCGCCAGUUCACGAAGAAGAGAAAUAAACAUCCGGUCCGAGUAAGAAAAGGACGUCGCUAAAGAUUCGUUGGUAAUGACUAGCUCACGAUCAGAUCAGUAACGUUAAAUCUUAACGAUUGUUUUUCUUGCCUCAUCCAUUAUGAAUCCUUCAAACAUCUUUGGCAGACCACAAGCUGCCUUUCAGGCACCGAACACUAAUCAGUCUGGAAACCUAUUUCAGACUUUUGCCCAGCAGAAACCAACACAGGGUGUUAGUUUUGGCCAACCUUCUGCUUUUAGUCAGCCAGCUUUUGUUCAGCCAACACCACAGCCUCCAGUCUUCACACCCACUUUUGGCCAAACCGGCGGGUUAUCUCAAGGAUCGGGGCAAACAUCAUCAUUUUCCUUUUUGGGAACACACCCUGCCUUUGGGCAGCCAAGUUUAGGUCAGGGGGGCACACUUGGAUUUGGACAACCACCACCACCUUCAUACUCUCAAGCUACGGGACAGACUCAGAACUCAGCUUUCGGUCAGCCGUCUGCAUUCAGCCUUCCCUCCUAUGUCUCGCAGUCCUCCUCAACCAGCUUCAGUAGCACUGUUACUAGUCAGCCUAGUUUUGGUCAGCUCUCUGGUCUUCCUGUACCAGCAGCAACAUCCAUCUCCUCAAUAAGCGGCAGGGCUGAGAAUCCCACAGGUGGGAAUCAGUUUUCUUUCAAACCACCAAAUGAAGCAGUCUUCAAGCCUAUUUUUAGUGUCAGUCCGGAACCAACAAGCACGAAUAUGUCUUCUGCUUCAGAAACUGCUGGAUCCUCUAAGGUGGUGGAUAAUUCCUCUGGUGGUUCACUGUUUUCAUGCGUAAAACCAAGCGCUCUGGGCUUCAGCUUCUCUCAGCCGGCUGCAGCUCCUUCUGUUUCUCUCUCUAAUUCUAAUUUUUCACAAAAGGAGACAGUUGGUGGUGGCGGCAGUAGCAUUCAGUUCACCUUCUCUCAACCUGCCAACCCGUCCAGCAGCAGUACAUCUGCUUCUCAGCCCACGACUCCCUCCACCUUCAGCUUCACACCCCAAAGCCUUCAACCUCAGUCAGACACCAAAGUGCCUGCGUUUGGUGGUACUGGGAUUGGACCCUUUGCUUUUGGGGUCCCAAAAACUGUAAGAACCGAAGAUAAAACGGGUGAUGGGCAGAGCAGUGGAGGGGAAACAGCUUUUGUGAGUUUUGGUAUGAAACGGAAAGAGGAGCCUGCAGAUGCAGCUAAAAGUGAUCCCAGUGAAACUGGAGCAGACGGGCCAAGACAACCUGCCAAACGCCCACUUCUGAGAAGCCGUGUCAUGGCUGGAGGGCUCUUCCGUGUUGCAAUGUCUGACGUCCUAAAAUCCAAAGUGAGCCCAGUCAAGAGAGAAGAUAAUCUUCCUGAAAGACCAGAUCCGCCUGGUCCAUCUAGUGAUCUGGCCACUGCACUUCUGAGGCCUCAGGCUUCCUUAGUUUCGAAAAAAGCAGAAGAUGUCUCGGUCCAGCCUGAGCCACAGACGCGUGCUUCUGGUAGACGAGCUGCUCGAAAGGAGAGCACAGACAGUUUGGGUGGUCUCUCUCCUACUGAUGCCACGGUCAUACAGUGCAAAAACAUCCCAUCCAAUCUUAACAGGAAAGAUCUCCUCAUGCAGCAUUUCGGGCACUUUGGGAAAGUGCUCAGAGUGUAUUCCAAGCCUCAGAAGAAUCUGGCUGUUGUGCAUUUUCAAGAUCAUACGUCUGCAGCCAAAGCUAAAAAGAAAGGAAAGCUGUUCCAGAGGAAUGAAAUUCAAAUAUUUUGGCAAAGAAAAAAACAAAGUCCAGGUGAUAAACCUGCUAGACCUUCAGAGAUCAAGGAUGUCAUAGAGGACCCAGAGUCUGCAUCUGCAUUGUUGCAAUCUCCCCCUAUCCACAAACCUCUUCCCAGAGCAAAUCCCAUCAGCAUGUCUGGUUCUCUUACUAAAGGCUCUCCGAUAAAGAAAUCCUCUAUUGCUAAAACUCUCCAGUUUGAAAGUGAGGGACCGUUUGAGUCUGUCUCAGAGGAGCGAAGCAUAGAACGGCCCAUAAAUAUCUUGCCCUCAGUUCUGCAGCCUCUGGUUGGUCAGGUGGCUGAAUGUGCAGAGGAGAGGUAUCGCCUCCUAGAACAGAGAGAUAAAAUCUUACGUCAAGCUCGACCCAAAAGAACAGACCUGGAUAUGUCUAAAGUAUUUGUGGGAACAUGCCCUGAUAUGUGCCCUGAGAAGGAACGGUAUAUGAGAGAAACACGCAACCAACUGAGUGUCUUUGAGGUCGUUCCAGAUACUGAAAAGGUGGAUCAUUAUGCUGCUAUCAAAGAGUAUAGCAGGUCUUCAGCUGAUCAGGAAGAACCUUUACCUCAUGAGCUUAGACCCCUUCCUGUGCUAAGCAUGACUAUGGACUACCUGGUGACUCAGAUUAUGGACCAGGGUGAAGGCAAUUGCCGUGACUGGUAUGACUUUGUCUGGAACAGAACCAGAGGCAUUAGGAAGGACAUUACCCAGCAGCAUCUGUGCGAUCCAGAAACAGUAUCUCUCAUUGAGAAAUGUACUCGUUUCCACAUUCACUGCGCCCAUCACCUCUGUCAGGAACCUAUGAUGUCUUUCGAUGCCAAGAUCAACAAUGAGAAUAUGACAAAAUGCCUGCAGAGUCUAAAGGAGAUGUAUCAAGAUCUAGCCACUAAGGAGGUGUACUGUCCCAAAGAGGCAGAGUUCCGCCAAUACAAUGUGUUGGUUAAGCUCAACGAUGGAGACAUUCUUCGUGAGGUGCAGCAGUUCCGUAAAGAAAUACGAGAGUCUCCGGAAGUUACUUUUGCAGUGCAGGUCUUUGCAGCACUUAACAGCAAUAACUUUGUCCGGUUCUUUAAACUUGUGAGUGCAGCUUCUUAUUUAAGCAGUUGCAUACUUCACAGAUACUUCAAUCAGGUGAGAAGACAAGCACUUAAAAUUCUCAAUGUGGCCUUUACUGUUGGAUCCCAGAGAUCAACAAUCUUUCCAGUCGAGGACUUUGUCAGAAUGCUCAUGUUCCGCAAUGCCACUGAAGCAACAGAAUUUAUUCAACAAUAUGGCCUAACAGUCAGUGAUGGCAUGGUUGAACUUAGUCGGACAGCCUAUCAGGAGCCUGAUUACUCCCUGCCGCAGAAGAAGUCUGUGGCGAUUGAGAAGAAAAGAACUGUUCUAAUAGGAGAGGUGGUGAAUGGUGGACCGCUUCCAAACCCACCACAGCACAGUCCUGUUUGUAGCUUUGACUCCAACAACAAAUACACUGGAGAUGGCCUUUCUUCAGAGCCACCACCAGCUGUCCUGAAAGCUCCUGCAGAAAGGCAGAUUUUCAUGGAGCCUGAACCCAGGCCUCAGGUGAAAACAAGGCUUUUAGCCGAACCACGGCUUUUCAUGGGUCUCUCUGAGCCUGUAAAAGCUGAUGACACAGAAGAAACAGGAGAGAAGUCUCAAACAGCAGAGUCAACUCUUCCUGUAGUGCAACAGCCUAUUUUUCCACCCAUACUAGCACCACAGCCGGUUCGACCCCCAUCUCCUCCACCCAAACCAGAGCCAACCUACACGGAUCAGGAUAUUAUGGCAGAAGUGGAUGCAGUGGUUAAUGAGGUGUUGGAGGCUGAAGUCUCUGAUGUAACGCGUUCAGCUGCUGAAUAUGUGUCCGCAGCCCUCAGUGCAAGUGACAGUGAGCUUGAAAUAGUUGUGAGUGAAGUCUUACAUCAGCUUCUGAGGGAAGUGUCCACAUCAGAGAUCAUUGCUGAGAAGGAGAGAAUUGCGGAGGAGAAACGCAAGGAGGAGGAAGCCAGGCGAAAGGAAGCGUUUCUUCAGCAGUUCAGUGCUGAGCUGUGUGCUAAAAUCAGUGAUGAGGUGCUAACAGAAAGCAUUAGAGCAACUGCUGAAGCUGAAAUAAGGCUUGCUUUAGAAGAAAAGGCGGCUUAUAUUGCCCGCUGCACAGCGGAGGAAUGUGAAAGCAUAAUAGAGGAGACAUUGGCUGAGGAGGUGGCCUCUAUAGCACAAGUAAUCCUGGAUGAAGGAUUGAGGCACAUUCGCAAAUUCAUAAAGAGGUGGCGUGAUGUGGUAGCUGUUCGUCGUCAGUUGAAGAGACAGAUGCGUGGUUUCCCAGCAGCCCCUGGUUGUGUAGAUCCACAAUUUAAACUGAAGGCGCUCGUCCCCAGUGCUCCUUCAAACCACUGUCUGGACCUCCUGGCUCAGGGGAUGGUCAAUCUGGGUAACUCUGGCAACAUGGCAGUUUCCUGCACAAGUUUGCUGAGAAUGAGACAGGAGGCAGUUCAUCAAAUGAAAGUGUCCUAUUACUACAAUCUCUUAAUGAGUGAGCGUGUAUGGAUGCCUCUUGACCUGCCCACACUUGUGGCAGAGAGCACUCCUAAUGCACCUGACAGAAUCUUCUGGAAAGCUACGCUUCUGAUGCCAAGCAGCUGCGAUAGUGACAUAACCUUUGCCAGCAGAAUUCUGACAGAUUGGCUUGAGGUUAAAUUGGGUGGAGGAAAUGAAUCUGAAGAGAGUGAGAAACAAUCAAAAGGGCAAGUGAAAACGCUGUGUGUCAGUCACAGCCUGACCAAUAUUAGGGGACAGACUCAUGAAGUUUACAUUUCUGUAAAGGCAUGCCAUGGACCUUUGAGUGCAGAAGACCAGUGUCUGCUGGAGGAGCAGAAGGAGCUCCAUGGUACCAAUGCUCUGCUGAUGCUGCUUCCCCCUGUUAACAGUGCUGGACAGGGGGAAGAAGAAGAAGAAGAAGAAGAGGAGGAGGACCUGCCACUGCUCUCUGCCCUCCUCCAGCUGAGGCAGGUACAGCAGGCCAGCUGCUGGCAUUCUCCUCUACCACUGGCUGUGGUGGUCGCUGGCAACCAAAUUGGUGAUCAGGGUUUGGAACAAGCACUUUUGUUGGAUAUGUUAGUCAAAGAUGGCCUCAUCUCUGAAUAUAUCUUCGUCCAUAUACCAGCUACUCUCAAUGACCUGCAAGGCUCUGAGCAGAUGAGUCAUGUUGUGAGGUGGCUUUCUGCGCGCUCUCCUGCCAGUCCGGCACUCUCCUCUCAGACCCUGCUGCAGGUUGUUGAAUUAGGCCUGUGCCGAGAGUUCUAUUCCAGACUACAAGAAGACAAGCUGGACAGAAAGAAUGCAGGUCUUCCAUCUCAGCAUCCAGAGCCUAUUGUGGAGCUCUGCAACAGUGUGCUGAGUUUUCUGUCAGGUGUGGUUUCAUCAGAGCACCUGUCUGCGCUCUGCUGGCCACCUCCUGAAUUCUCUCUCCCAGAGAACAGUGAGCUGAUUCCUCACCAGGCCUGGAACUCUCCAGAACACCUGCAGUGGCUGAGGAGAAGCAUCCUCAGUCGGCAGCUUCCUGAGUGGGAUCUCCCUCCUGUUGAUGCUUCCUGGCCACAUUUAUGUGCCUCUAUAUUCCAGUAUGUAUCGCAGAUCCCCACCUCGCCCUUAAGCCAGCCCAUUCUAAUGUCUCGCUUGGAGAACCUGCUUAGAAGAGUGAACUACCAACACGCAGACGAAGAUGACUAUGAGAAGGCUGGACCGUCCUUUCAUGAAAUUCCUUGGGAUGACAUCAUAUGCCUGUGUGUAGAGCAUCGCAUGAAGGACUGGAGUUUGGACACUCUGGUGGCAAAAGAUGCCCUCACAGAUGAUGGCGAGAUUCUUGUAUAUUUUAACAAAGACAGCCUGAAGAGUUUUCAGCCCCCUGAUAUUUGGAUUGAGGCUGUGAAACAGACGUACCAGGAGAAACGGCAGGCCUCAGAAGUGUGUAAAGUCAAGCAUUCCCCUGCGACCAGACUUUACCUCAGACAGAAGCUGUUUCAGAGUCACAUAGAUAUAGAGGAACGUCCAACUGUUGAAGAUACUGCACAGAUUCCCAUUGAGCAGAAGUUUAAACAGAUGCUGUCUUCCCUCCGUGAUAUGAAUGCUGAGAGCCAGAGGAUUGGAGAGCAGACACAGCAUCGGGCUGGAGAAAAUCCUUUGCGCCGUUCUUCUUUUCCCCUUGCUUUGAGAAAACAUCCUGCUGCUGGCACUGCCCACAUACAGGAAACAGAUGUUGUUGAGCUGGUUGGGAAAGUAUCAUCUGACAGAAAAAUGAAUAGGAUGUUUGCUCCAGACAGCACACAGUCUCCCAUAAUGGAGAGACUUCAACAUACACUCUCAACCGUUCAGGAGAUGAAUGCUGAGGGACAGAGAAUCGGAGAGCAGAUUCGGCGACGAAUUGAGGCGGAUGCUUUGUCUUCUGCUUCCUUACCUCUCUUUCUCCCAUCCACCCUCCUGUCUUCACCUCCUCUAGUUUUGACCACCAGCAAGAGGCCUUCUGCUGCCGUCCACAUACAGGAAAUGGACGAUUUGGACAAGAUUGCAUCUCGUAAUGAUAAAAGCAGGCCGGUGCCUUUAUUCCAGCGCUUUGAGGACUUGAAAAGAGAGUUAUCAAGUCAGCGAGAGGAAGAACGUGCGUGUGGCCUCAAGUUGAACUGUCUUUUAGAUAUUGUUGACAACUGAAGGUGUUUUAGUUUAACAUAAGCUGCUAAAUGGCAGUUCCCGUCUCUUUAUUUGAAACAGAAUGUCUUUUAUUGGCUGCUUAAUUAGUCAGCAGUUUUAUUUUUGAUGUUUUUAUUUUGUUUUAUUUUGGAUUCAAUGAAAAUGAUUGUCAUGCAUCUCAUCCCUAAAUUUAAAUGCAUGCUAAGUGUGUUUUUCUUGUUCUUAAACAUUUAAUUUAGAGUUUGUGCGUUUGUUUGUUUUUCAGGCGUACGUGUUUCUGAAUAUUAAGUGUGUUUUGUUCAUUGCAAAUAUGAUUUUGUAUUUAAAAUGUAUAUUUUUUGACAACGAUAAAGGUGUUUUUAGUAAACAU